UCGGCGCGGCGUCGUCGGCCGGCCAGGCAUGCGCUGCCGCGCCAUGGUCCUGCUGCUCCUGCGACGCGCGCAUACGCUCCUCCUCCGACCGCGACCGCAGUGCCGCCUCGCGACGAGACGCUUCGCGGCGCUGCGGCCGCUGCCGCCGUCGCGCUGCGACGACGUGCUCGACUUCUGGUUCGCGGCGCAGACGAAACAGCACUGGUUCGCGUCGACGCCGAGCUUCGACCGCGAGGUCGCCGAGACCUUCGGCGGCGACCUCGCCGGCAUCGCCGACGCGGACGCGGCGGCCGUCGCCGCGUGGGCCGGCGGCGGCGACGGCGACGCGGUCCUCGCGCACGUGCUGCUCUGGGACCAGGUGGCGCGCCACGUCGCGCGCGUCGACGCCGACGUCGACCCGGCGGCCUACGGCCCGCUGGCGGUGGCCGCGAGCCGCGCGCUGCUAAACGCGGAUGUGGCGGACGCGUGGCCGGCGAGCCGCCAGUCGUUCGCGCUCAUGCCGCUGCGCCACACGUUCGACGCGCGCGUGCUCGCGGGCGAGGUCCUGCCGCGGCUGCGCGCCUGGGCGCCCGGCGACGACGCGGGCCUCUGGCGGCGCUUCGAGGCCGCGACGCUCAAGGCGCUGCUGUCCGCGGAGACGGCCGCGGGCGCGCCGCCCGCGCGACCGCCAGCGCCGCCGCGGUCCUGGGGCGCCUUCGCGGGCGUGCUCGAGACGUGCCCCCCGUGCCGCGGCGACGCGGCGCCGGAGGACCGCGCGGGCUUCACGCGGCUGGACGCGGUCAAGGGCGCCAAGGGCUUCCUGACCUCCGCGCUGCGACGCGACGACGCCCCCAAAAAGCUCGUCGUCUCCGUGUCCGGCGGCGUCGACAGCGUCGUGUUGCUCUACGUCGUCGCGCGCGUGCUGGCCGCGCCGGAGUUUUCGAGCGUGGAUCUCGUCGCGGUGCACGUCGACUACGGCAACCGCGAAACGAGCGGCCGCGAGGCGACGUUCGUCGAGGCCUACUGCGCGUGGCUCGGCGCGCCGCUCUGGACGCGGAGCGUCCGCGGCUGCCCCCGCGGCUCCGUGGACCGCGCCGCCUACGAGGAGCUCACGCGCGCCGCGCGCUUCGAGACCUACGCCGCCGCCGCGGGCGACGGCGGCGUCGUGCUCCUGGGCCACAACCGCGACGACACUUUGGAAAAUCUCUUCUCGAACGUCUGCAAGGGCCGGUCGUACGACGAGCUCCGGGGCAUGCGCCGCGAGGGCGCCGAGCGCGGCGUCGCCACGUGGCGGCCGCUCCUGGGCACGGACAAGGCGGCCAUCUACGCCGCGGCCGCGGCGCUGGACCUGCCGCACCUCAAGGACUCGACGGAUCCCGCGUGCGACCGCGGGAGGCUCCGCGACGACUGGCUCCCGGCGGUGCGCGAGAAGCAGCCGCUGCUGCUGCCCGGGCUGGAGCGCCUCGCGGACCACCUCGCGUUCCUGCGCGAGGCGCAGGCGCGCGAGACCGCGCGCUACUUCGCGGAGCGCGUCGCGUACGCGCGCGACGGCGACGGUUUCGUCGAGUCCGCGGCGCUGCCGCUCGAGGCGUGGAUGGCGGACGCGCCGCCGUCGUUCUGGGUCGACGCGUUCCACCGGCUCGCGGCGGCGGAGACUCCCGCGCGGCCGCGGCCGUCGAACAAGGCCCUCGCGAACUUUUGCGACUGGCUCCGGCGCGCGCUGCCGCGGAGGCGGCCGACGACGUGCGAGCUCGGCGCGGCCUUCCGCGCGGCGCUGGAGUUCCACGGCGACGAGGCCCCCGUCCUGACCGUGCGCUACCUAAGAGAGCCCUAAACCGACGACUCG